AACACUGAAGCCUGUUUUUGUGACGUACACUUUGUAUUGGAGACUGGACCCCACAAUCUAUUGCGUCUGCGCAGUACUUACCAGGCCUGCACGUUGAAAGGUGCCUUUCCAACUUUGUAAAGUUAAACAUGGCACCUAAAGGCGCAGCGAAAGCUAGCAAAGCCAAAGACAAGGCCAAGGCCUCUGCCUUGAAGGCCAAAAAAACUGUCUUAAAAGGACCUCAUGCUAAAACAAAAAAGAAGAUCAGAACAACUGUUCACUUCCAUCGACCAAAAACCCUAAGGCUUCGAAGAAAGCCUAUGUUCCCAAGAAGGUCAGCUCCCAGGGUUAACAAAUUGGACCAGUUUGCAAUCAUCAAGCACCCCCUUACAACAGAAUCUGCCAUGAAAAAAAUAGAAGACAACAACACAUUGGUGUUCAUUGUUGAUAUUAGGGCAAAUAAACCACAGAUAAAGCUGGCUGUGAAAAAAUUGUAUGAUAUUGAUGUUGCAAAAGUAAAUACUCUUGUCAGACCUGAUGGGCAAAAGAAAGCAUAUGUCCGACUGGCAUCAGAUUAUGAUGCUCUUGAUGUAGCAAACAAAAUUGGUAUCAUAUAAAAAGUCAAUCAAGGGAAUUCUUUAUAUGAAAAUACUGUACAAAAGA